UUUAACCCAAUUAUUUUCUCAGCAAACUGCAAAUGUCUCCCUGCAAAUGUUGACGUAAACUUGAGCAAGGUACUGGGACAAGUAAAGGUGAUCCAUACAACCGACGUGAUUAACUUUCAAGCAGAAGUGCAGCAUUCGCGAUGUAGUUCUGUGGCACAAUCGCUAUCAUACUGGCUCAUCACUAAAGCACAAUUAACGGACAGAACAUUUUACAGCUUUAUGCGCAACGCCAUGAAACAAAGUAAACCUGUCUGGUCUACGCAACGAAGAGUUUUUAUCGACCGAUUCUAUCACGUUAGCUACAUUUUACGAGCCAAGUCGGAUCUCAGGAUAAUCGGCUAUGAUUAUGGUUUCAUACAAGUCACGCGAAGAGAUUUCGUUGCCAGAAUUUCAGGAGUAUCUUCCGCGGAAAUUGGAGGAGGGAAUAUAUCCUUUGUUGGCUCCCUUCCAUAUGUUCGAAAUUCUGAUCUAGCAGAUUCAUUGAUAUUUACCUGGUUUUGCAGAAGAAGCUACGAAAAAUUGCCAAAACGCGUUACCCUUCCAGUUGUCGAUUCUCCCAAAGGGAACGCAAAUGCUUCCGGAGGUUGCUAUGGAUACGGCCCGGGAAGACUUAUGGGUCACAAGACUGCUAUUGUUGUUCAAGUCGACAAAAUGGAAAGUGGACAAACUUAUGUUUUUGAACUUGAUGUCUCAGAUGGAGCUAGUAGUUCUAGGGAUGUUCAUGAAUUGACCGUGAUAAAAAAACCACAUGCAUCAUUUUCAAUGAGGUAAUUAUUCCUCGUUUGUAAAAUAUCUGUCUUCUUGCCCGGUUUUCAGUCAAAGGAAUAACUGAUAGUGUAUAGGGCCAUUAUAUCCCUUUACGAAAACGUGUUGAUAUUAUUAGGGAGACUUAGUUUCCUUUAAAGUCUGCAAGCUUUUUAUGCUUAACUUUUUGUAUUUUCAGUCAGACAUGCACAUGCAAUCUUAAAAAACAUUCCUGAUUCUCUAUAGAGGGUCCAAAUUUAUGACCUCUUGACUAGACUUUCAGAGGCUUUAACAAUGUGUGAAAGGAACUCGAGUUAGCUAGACCACUGAUUUAGUAUGAUUCAUUUCGUCUCACUCUAUAUCGUUUGGUAACAGUAGCGUUUUGCUAUUUCAAACCUGCACAUCUGCAACCCGUAGCUAUCUCGCACGCAGCUGUCUCCUUCCUUGAACAGGAAUUGUACCAGAGCAUUACUGAAUAUAUUAAGCAAUACCAAGCACCUAGAGUAGUUAUCGUCGACUUUCACUCGGAUCAAGAUCAAGGGGGCUCAUCGGUAGCGAUUUUCGAUAAACGUCGUGACAGUAACAUUUAUUUCAAUUUUACAGCUGCAUCUACAAUUGUGGACCUGAGGUUAUUCCGACCAAGCGAAUGAUAUUUGAAUCCCGAUGCAGAGGGAACCUCUGUGAAAAAGUUACUGGCUAUGACUGGUCUUUAUAUGAGAAAGCGGAUCCCAAGAGUUCGUGGGUGCAAAUCGCAGACUUAGCAGAACGAAUACUCACGGACCUAGACAACCCAACCCUUGUUCUCACCGGCAGGAUGAAAGAGAAUGAGUAUUCACUCAAAAUGAAUACCGCAUACAAGAUAGCUGCCUCCAUAAAAAUGGCUGGUGGAUAUUUUAGAGAUGACAGUAUGGUGUUUCAAACCGUUGUGCCAUUAGAAGUUCCUAAAGAGAAGUGUAAUGUCCAGCCGAAAGAAGGCUUUGUAAUUAAAACUUUAUUUUUGGUGAACUGUUCUGGCUGGCGUAUUGGAAACGAUAAUUUGACUUUCAAAUACAGGUAAGUUUUGCAAGAGGAAAAAUGCUCAGUUCUUUCUUCUUGCCAGCUGAAAACAUUAAAAAACUAUGUAUUUUGGUGCAGUGCAUUUUCCAUUUGACGCCUGUUAAAAUUGAAUUCAGCAUUUCUCUUUGUUCGAUGUUUGACCUUAUCUCUCAGAUAUUUAAAGUUGUGAAUGACUUGCUAUGGCCGACCUUUCCUGAAACGUUCCUAAUUAUCUCUGCUUCUCUCUCUUUUGAUUAAUAAGCUCCUUUGAUGACGUCAUCACCUUUUUUGCAGUUACAAUACUUCAAGGAGCAUUGUGACAGCUGCACGGCCUCAAAAUGCACCAUAUAUAUCUCUUAAGCUCCCACAAGGGUAUCAGGCUAAAGAUUACAAUGUCACCCUUAGAGUUGACAUAACUGAUGUAAGAGAAUCAAGCUACAGCGAUAUUGUCACCGUAAAGGCAAGUUUAAUUAUAAUAAAACGGCCUACUCCUACUACUGGAAAAUUCGCUUGUUGUAUGAUUUCCACAUUGGCUUCUAAGGGUCUUAGGGAUGUUUGCGAGUGUCUGUGUGUCACGUCUGCUUAACCAAUAAGGAAACCUAAGCUAUUAAAUCUCACCUCAUUACAAGAAAAAGCCCAGUUUUCCAUUCUAAGAUCAACGUAGCCAGCGCAUCCAAAACAGUAAGAUUGAUAUCAAAUGAACAAAAUCGAUAAUGUAUAUUGGCCUCCAUAAAGAAUUUCCAUGGCUGACGAAGGGCUAACCGGCUCGAAACGUUAGCUGUAGAAAAUAUUUACGGCGACUACUUUACAUUAUCAAGUCAUCGAUUUAAAAGAAUUUACAUAGAUAUCAAUUGACUAGAAAAAUUGUGAACAUAGCUAAGGAAAUUUCAGUUAAAUCUCACGGUCUUUUCCGAAUCUUAGGUGAAGCCAUUGCCUCAGAAUGACUCUUCAAUGAAUGUUGAAACAUUGAUGAACGACCUUGGGAGCCUCCUCGAGGAGACAAAAUUCAGCGAAGCUGCUACUUUGGCGAUAGCUAUUCUUAGUUCAUACGUUGAAGACAGAGUACGUUCCUUUUUUGUCGAAGUUUUGUUGAUGAGCCUGUUUCCAUACUUCUCCUCUAAGGAGUUAUGUUCAUAAUCAACAAUAAUAAAACUACAGGUGUAUGUUCUUUCCAUUAUAGACGAAGGACUCUAUAUUGAAGGCUAUGGCUGAUAUCAAAAUCGCGGAUGUUAGCCAGGUCACAGGACUAUCUACGAUUGUUGUCAUGGCAACACAAAACAGAGUCCAAAUCCCUAUGGACGCUCUGGCAAGUAUAUUGAUUUUUUUUUUGAAAAGGAGGACGGUCUUUGCUCAAUUCUCACGUCCAUUGCUAAGAAAAAUCAACCGAACACUUACUGUUCAUGGUGCUGAUGAGGCUUUUUCUUGCUGCAGAUCCGGCAUUCAGUCUUCAUCGUUAUUAUGACAGAGUUGUAAUUCCGCAAAACGUUCCUUGUACGAAAAUUUUUUCUAAUCGUUGUAUUGAAAUAAAGGUUUGGAUUUAAGCAGGUCUAAGUCACGAUAUGUGGCCGUAAAUGCAUAGUUGUUUUUAAAGCCAUGAAUAUCCUUUACUUCUCUAACUUAGGAAGAUGCUGCCUCGUUACUUUCCAAAGCGACUGACUUCCUCCGUGCUUAUCAAGGCAGAGAUGUUGUUGAAGAUGCUAGUGCAGAUAUUUUAGAAGGAAUAUCAAACACUCUGACAGCUUCUACAUCUUUCGCUAAAAAAAAUUACCAUGAAGCUCUUUAUCAGGAAGAUGGAGGCAAACUAAACCUAACACAAACGAUAAACAGAAGGCGUAGAGAAGCUGAACAAGCUACAAGAGAAUUUUAUAAGGUAAAUCCUUUGUCUAUACAUUUGAAUGAGUUUUCAGGCUUUCCCAAGUAUCAGAGUAAACCAUUUUUGCUGGAAAUUCCUUCCCGUACCGGAUCUUGCAGGGCAAGUGUCAAACGUAAAAUUACAUGUAGCGGGUGGUCAUUUUUGAAACAAUUUCACUACUGCUUGGAAGUAGCUAUAGAGCAUUCGAUGCUAGAUCCUGAUCAGAUACAAAUGUUCUCUAUUCCACGUUCAUACAGGCCAAACAAGUCACGGAGAAGAUUUUAUCAACGGCGGACAUGCUUGGUACUACAUUGCUCUCUAUACAGGCUCAAGGUCAGAGGAAAACAACGCUCCAAACAGAUAUUAUCACUAUGACACUUCAGAGUAAGGCACCAUCAAAAAUUGGAAAUGAAACCUUUUAUGGAAAUGAUGGGGAAGGCGCCGUUACUUUUCCGCCAAUGGAAGUGCUGUUUGGAAGAAAAGGAACCAAUUUGAGAUCCGUUGGCACUCAAGUAAGCUGUCGAGAGAACUUUUAUAUUCUUUAGCCCAUUUUCUUCACAAGUUGUUGUUUAUCUAUAUCACGAUACUUCAGGCCGUGCAAACUAGCUCUUUCGAUCGGCGAUAUUCGCAUCACGUUAGGAUUAACGAUCUUCAACAACUAUACGCUUUGUGUUUUAUGAUGGACUUAAAACAUUUCCUUGUCAAGCCAUCAGGAGAUCGAACACUUUGAAUUUACGGAGCCUAUUAUGGUCUUAGUUUGCUUCUUUUUUUUUUUUCUGUUGUUUUGGUUGGAAUUUGUCUUAAGCAGAAAGAAUUUCACGGCUGUUUGCCAAAAGGAUUAUAGAACGUGAAAUUUUGGUUGUUGCACGCUGUUGUUGUUAUCUUUUUCAUACAACGUCAUGCUGUUCUGUUAUCAUUACUUUUAUUUUAGAUGACAACGCUGCAAAUAAACCCUUACGUGUGGAACAACCGCUCGAACUUCAUCAAAUCUUCAGUUCUGAGUGUGAAUUUAAAGCGGCAAGACGGAUCCCUCUUAGAAAUAUCUGACCUUAGUCAGCCCAUUGAACUGUUUAUUCCAGAGAGAAUUCAUAGAAAUGAUGAAACUGGAAAUUCUAGCCAGCGACAUUUUUUUUUAAAGCGAACCUAUAAUGGAUCCAGUCCUUUGCUCUACCACAAAAUAGAAAUUGAAAAUGACUUUCAAGCUGCAUUUGUGGAAAUAAGCCCAGAAAACAAUUCGUCUGUUGAUGUCUUUGUGAGUCGUGGUGUUAAGCCAUCACAUGAAAACUACAAGUUAAAAACAAGAAUUCCCGAUUUUUCAUCAUGCGUUCGUCAUCAAGACAGAACUGGUUAUACUGAUUGCACCCGUAACCCUAACGUUCUUUUGCUAUCAAGCAAUAUUACUGGUGGCACUGGCGUUCAUUUUAUUGGUAUACGUCUACUAAACAUGACGGGGAUUGCUCAGCGUCAAACCCGUCAUAUUUCAACUUCGUGUAAAGAUAAAAAUGGGAGGCAAAAGCGAUCUUGUAUCGGUGUCAAGGAUCCCCCAACCACUCCUCCUCCAGUCCCAGAGAUAAUAACACCCCAGUAUAAUCCACUGACAGAUGUGAACUACACCAUGUCAGUAAAGAUCAGGAGCUGUUUAUAUUGGUCUGAAAAGAUUCAGGCAUGGACAACUGAGGGGUGCGAGGUGCGAGUACUGUAUAUUUCAUAACUAUAAUCAAAACACAUAUUCGUGUUAUAGAGAAAGAUGUUUUCGUCUUGUCACGAGCGUGGGAAAAAGAAAAAAUUCUGAGUCCCCAUGAGGAAUCGAACCUCAGAUCUUCGGAUUCCGAUGCUCUACCACUGAGCAAAAGAGACUUUAUGGUGAGCAAGGCCCGUUACGAAGUUCAUAUGUGACACGCGCAUACUGCUAGGAUCAGCAAUUUCGUGUUGUUUCGCUCUAUUGUUUUUCCGAAACGGUCCUUCAACAGAGAAACCCAGCUCUUUAGUCUUAUCAGAGCACCUGUGUAAGAUCGACGGCCACAAAAAAUGCCUCUUUUCUCCAUUUUAAUUUGUUAUCAUCAUUGAAUUUUAUGCGGCAGUCUUAGCCCAUCCCUCCAUCUGCAACUUUGUCGAAAAUUACGACAAUUUAUUUAUGAUUACAACAAAUUAAACAAGUCGCACGCUAUGACGAUGACCCCCGGAAUUUUGCUUUAAAGGCCCACUAAAACACAUAAAGAUGCAAUACUGAUAGUUUUCAUUUCUUCAGGUUGGCUGGAAAAUAACGGAUGGAAAGCUGCACUGCCUCUGUAAACAUCUUUCAGCGUUUGGUGGGAACAUUUUUGUGGCUCCAAACCCUAUCGACUUUGAAAAGGUUUGGACAGAAUUCAAGAGGAUCGCUGACUCCGGAAAUUUCGUCGUGCUUUCCACUGUGUUAUUCAUAUUUGGUGUGUACCUUUUAGGACUCGUGGCUGCUCGUCGAGCUGAUAAAAAGGACUCUUUAAAGGUCAGUAACACUUAAGUGGCCAGUUGACCUUGUGGAUUCCAAACUUCGAGUCAUUCAUUAAUCAAUACGCUAAUUGGUCCCAGAAUGACGGGACCGAACUCUCCUCUCAUACUGGUAAGUGUGAAAAGGGCCUUCAGUGAAAGAUAAGGAACUAUAUUUGUCUGCCUACAAGUGCGGUAAAUCAUUGAAAGUUAUUUCGGUUCCAUAGUUAUCAAUUGUUAAUUUUUUUAAUUGAUUAUUUAGGUCGUUUUUUAUCAACAAAUUAGUGAUAGAGAAGUUCACUCUGGUUCAGCGCUGCAUGCAUUUUCCAGAAUUACUUGUCGGGAGAAUAAUAAUUACCAUAUAAUUACAAUGCGAUGUGUUUGAGUGCUUAAAUAUUUUGUUUACCUUGUCACGCAGUCCUUUUUACUAUUUCUAGGUUGUCGCCAACGUUUAUAUAACUAAUUCCCAAACGGAGGGUUACACUUACUUUUUAAGCAUCCAGACCGGAGUAUGGAAAGGAUUUGGUACUUCAGCGCAUGUAGGAAUAAUCAUCAAUGGAGAGGAAGGAAGCAGUGGACCAAUUACGUUGACUGAUCCCUUAGCUAAGAGAAAAUAUUUUGCUAGGGGAAGUGUAAACAAUUUUACCCUAACCUUACCUUUUUCCUUGGGAAAAGUGACAGAUAUCUGCAUCUGGCAUGACAACAUCGGGUCCAAUCCGGCCUGGUUUCUUCAACAAGUUGUUCUAACAGAUCAGCAAACUGAGCAAAUGUGGUACUUUUUUGUGAACCAAUGGCUUGCCCUGGACGAAAGGAGUGGCUCCAUUGAGUUAUCUGUCGAGGCUGCAAAAGAAGAUGAGCUUGCUGAGUUUAAGCAUCUUUUCUUUUCCCGCACGGCCCGAAGUCUGGGAGACGGACACAUCUGGAUAUCUGUGUUUGCGAGGCCUCCUCACAGCCCUUUUACUCGUUGCCAGCGUCUUACAUGUUGCCUUGCUUUCCUUUUUGCAGCAAUGGUGACCAAUGCUAUGUUCUACCAAUUUGGUCGAAUACCCACAGACUCCUUUAGAUUUGGCCCCCUUGUCAUGAGCUGGACACAGCUCAAGAUUGGAAUACAGAGCAGCUUUAUAGCGAUUCCAGCUAACUUCCUUGUGAUACUUAUUUACAGAAACACAAAACGAAAAUCUUCCGAUGAGGUGUACGAUCCCAGAGAAGUCGAUAAAAAGCCUAAGCCCCCCGGUUGUCUCCCACCUUUCUUUAUCUACGUUGCGUGGACCUUCAGCUUGAUCAUUUCCUUGACCGGUGCAACCUUUUCAGUGUUCUAUAGCUUGAUGUGGGGAGCAGACACUUCAAAUAAGUGGCUCACAUCUAUUUUAGUGUCCCUUUUCCAGGAUGUUUUACUCACACAACCAAUUAAGGUGUUUGCUUUGGCUGCAUUUUUGUCUCUUCUUAUAAGGAAACCACUAGAACAGGAUCCUGUUAUUGGAGCUUCCUUGUUUCAAAGUAAAAAGGGGGAGAAUUUUCGAACUAAAAGGAAAAGGGAUAAGGAACUCGCCGGAGAAAAAGAAGCCGAUAGCCAAAAAUGGAGCAUGUUGGAGGCAAUCAAAGAAGUACUAUCAUUUUCAAUAUUCAGUUUUCUGCUUAUGGUCAUAUGUUAUGGAGAUAUUCAUCCGACUCGAUUCCAGUUUACCAAAUCCACGAUGGACAUCUUCAGUGGAUUAGAUGAGGUCAAAAGCAGUUCCAUAUAUUGUAAUUUAAGCUUUCGAAUAGAUCUGUUUUUACAGUAUCGAUAGUGGUUGUUAUAAAAUCAAUGAUGAGGGUGAAUUGCAAAAAUAAAAUUUUAUACUCCAUUGAAACCAGUAGAAGUGUUAAAACUUUUACGUUUUAAAAAUGUCUGUUUCAAACCCCGAGCUUGGGACACAAAAACUCAUCUGAGUGACAAGAAAAAAGGACAAUAUAUACCUCUUACUAACCGACUUUAAGUACCGAACUAUGAGUUGCGGACCGAUUUUUUUCCGCUCAGAUUUAUGGCCCAAGCGCCAAGUUCCAUUACAGUAUGGACUGAGAUACUGAGAAACGAGGUUAACGUGUUAUUUACUUUAACGCUAGGCUCAAACAGACUUUUGAAUUUAGCUACAGUAAAAAACAGCCCCCUUCAAUGAUCGAUCAUAGCAUACGUACUAACUGAGAGUUAUAAUAAAUCAAUGUAUCUUGUCGACAGACGAUUUAAAUACUUUGUUUUAUUAGGUGGAUAGCACGUCUUCAUUGUGGAAUUGGGUAGACGAGGCGCUAAUUCCUGGCUUGUACGAUGUAACUUGGUACAAUGGUAGGCCAUUUGAAUACAAAGAGGGAUUUAUCAGCAACAAGAAAAAUUUCCUGAUUGGAAUGCCACGGCUGAGACAGUUAAGAUCGAAACCAAGUAAGAGGGAAAAAGAAAUAUACCUGUAAAUAGCGUAGUAUCCGUAUCAAUGAUCCCAUUACAUCAAAGCUUAAAGAUGCUUCAAAGCUGUUUUGUUAAAUACGGCUUAAAAUUUUUUUCUUCAAAGAAGCUGUUUAAACUGGCGGUUGUCGGCUUCAAAUAUAGCGCAUUGAAAAUACGAGUUAGCGAUUGCUUUACUUGAUUACGUGAAUCCUAUCGAAAAUUCCAUUUUUUCAGUUCUUUGUUUAAUCUGAAUUUCACUCAGUUAAACACGGUUUAACUUAAUGUGUUUUAUUGGUGUGAAUGGGGUAUAGCAGAAAAUAUUUUUAAAAUGGGAAUGUUUUAGCCAGAUUGAGUAUAUAAAAUUCUAUACCACUGCUUUAAAGUUGAUAAUCGUCCAGUUUCUUUUUCCAAACAUGAAAUUCUUGUCACAAAAGCAAAACCUUUCGUUAUUUGUUAGAAGUGACUUUAAAUUUCCUUCACUUUAUAGGGAUAAGCUGCCCAAAUGAUGUUUACAACACCCACAUCACAGACGUUUUUCCUGGUUGUUUUCAAAAGUACUCACCCGAUACUGAGGAUAUGACUCCAUAUCAUCUCCCAAAGUGGAUUAAGCUGCAAAAUUACAGUCUCUUUUCCUCUAUUGAUGACCUCUGUCCUAAACCGUGGAGAUACCAAUCGGGAUCGAUGACACAAACUCUUUCACAUGACGGUUAUGGAGGCGGUGGGUAUAUAGCAGACCUUGGAUACAACGGUCAAUCGGCAUCCAAAGUGAUAAAGGGACUUAGCGAGAAUAACUGGAUUGAUGGACAAACUGUGGCUGUAUUCAUAGAGUUCACUUUAUAUGAUCCAGCUACGUCUCUCUUUUGUAGUGGUAGAUUGGUCUACGAAGCAUCACCUAGUGGGAAGCCUAGUACAAAAAUGGACAUCAGAACACUUGCCGUAUUUCCCUCACCAGAGACACAUUGGCAAAGGUUUUAUGAAGUGUGCCAGUUGUUUUUUCUUAUAGUCAUUGUGAUACAUUUAAUUGCUGCGGUAGUCAAGUUUUUUCGCCAGAGUAGGUACUUUCGUCAAAUUUGGAACUGGGUGGAGGUCAUUCUCCUUGUGGAUUGUAUCGUGGUAGUUGCAAUGUCAUUUCUUAAAGGGAAAUACACCAGUUUGUUUGUUAGGAAAAUUAAGUCAAACCCCUAUGAGACCUAUGGCUCCGAUUACAUUGUACGUUGGUUAAAUCACGGAACUACUUGGCUGUCAAUAGCAAUUUUUAUCGUAACUUUAAAGCUUCUGAGACUAAUCCGUUUUAAUUCCCAUAUCUGUCAAAUGCAAGGAACUCUUAAAAGGUCAGCCAGGUCAAUAUUUUCGUUUUCGUUGCUUUUCGUUAUUGCUGUUAUUGCCUUCAGUCAUUUUGGUUUUCUCGGUUUUGGAGCUCAUUUAGAAAUCUUUUCGUCUUUUUUCAACUCUUUGCGAGUAGUGCUACAAAUGUCUGUCGGCAAGCAAGUAGAUUACGUCAGCAUUUACUUGAAUAACUCAUUGAUGGGCUCGCUGUACUUGUUUUUAUUUUUGGUUGUCGUAAUGUUUUUCCUGAUCAAUAUAUUUGUAGCUAUUUUGGUUGAUGCAUAUGAAGAGGUCAGGGGGGGUAAAGGGGAUGAUUUUUUCGAUGUAGAAGUUGGGAAUUUUAUGUGCAAAACCUUAAGAGAUAGAGGAAAAGAGCUUCCUGCUCACAUCCGUUCAACAAUGAAGUCGCUGUGUAAACAUCUCUCAAAAAAAUGUUUUAUAAAGAGCCGAAUUCCUGAUGUAGAACUGAGCAGUAAAGAGAAACGCUUUAUUGAAUCAUCCAACCAAGAAGCUAAGAAUAACAUUGAUAUGUCGCCAGUUUCGCCAACACUUGGAAUCACUGAUUAUCCUCUUAGAUUCAUCACAGAGGAGGAAGUUAAAAUCAACUUUCUUUGUUGUAUCAAAAAUAUUAUUUAUGAAGAUGACUUGCUUGAUGAAAUGAAGUCUCAGUUUCUGGACAUGGAAACUGAGCUGAUAUCGGUUUUGUACUCUGACGUAACCGAUUCGAACACAGAAACCAGGCUGUAA